AUUUGUUGUGAUUUGACGUUUGACGACCAUACAGGUUGUAUCAUGUAAACGGUUUUGCAGGGAAAACAUGACAGCUUACCGGCGAUGUAUGUUUGAAGUGUUUGGACCAUUUUAUCGAAGUGUAAGAAGAUUUUGUUAGCGAGGAAGAUCUUUGAUAACUUUUGAUUUUGGUUUAUGUUCGUGAAUUACAAAAAUGGCAAAAGUAACGGACAAAGAAUCACUGUUUUCUCUGGAAUUGGUUGUUGAAAAACUCUAUAUCCCUCAUGUUGCCUGCAGAUUCCCAGCUGUUGCAUUUAGGCUCUUGGACUUUCCUACCAUUCUUGUUGAACAUGUCGAAAAAGAACUUGGGGAUAAAAUUAGACGCAAAAUAUCCACAGAUCCAUAUUACAAUGUACCUGAACAAUUCACAGAGUUGAAAGACAAGCAUGGAAAUUUCAUGAUGAAAAAAGGUAAAUCAUGCUUGUUCAAAGUAGCUGUGUCUAGUCUCAAGACACACCUGACCAAUGCUCCUCUGUAUGUGAUGGUUAUAGAUAACUUUCCGAAGGUGUCAAAAUUGCUUGGAAACUGUACUGUUCCUCUGGAUGAAGUGAUGGAUUUGAUUAUCAAUGAUAUCAAAACCCUUGGACCUACAGUACCAUCAGUACAUGGUGACAAAGGAUUAUACAAAAUCUACAGUUUGAUGGGAAAAGAAAUAGGCUAUAUCAUUCUAGGAUAUCGUCUCCUUAGUUUGGGCCCCGGACUUAUACCGCAUAUACCAGAAUCUGCAAUCGCAAAGCGAAUGUCUACAGAAGUUGACCAUGUACCUGAGCAGAAUUUUCCGCACCAGAGAGAUAUUGGUAGACCUUCCAAAAGGGAUGGUGGUGGUUAUUCUAGGAGAGAUGAUGAUGCUCUGAUGACAACACAGGAAAUGGGAUCAAUGACAGAUCCAGAAAAGCAUGAUGUUAUACUACAGACUGUGAGCAUGUGUGACAAAGAAAUUCAUGUCGCAAUUUCAGAGCCAGAGGUAAAAUCUAAGUCAACUGAAGAUAAAGGAAUUAUUGUAAAAGAUCUUAAAACUAUUGCUACUCAAACUUUCAAAAGGUCUAAGCCAAAACCAGACUCCGAAUUGCAUGGUCUUGACAUUAAGAAUGGAGAGGAUGAUGGAGAUGAUAUAAUUGCCAUAAAUAUUGCCCAACCUCCUCCUCUGUUUUAUAACAGUGAGAUUGAGCCUGCCAGAAAGACUCAGCGACUGUAUGCUUAUAACAAUGACGAAUCUAGUGAUGAACUGAUAUCUGAAGAAGAGGUCGAAUCAGCAGUAACAAAACGUGAAAUUGAAAAGAGGAAAAAGGAAGAACAAACAAAACGUGAAAGACAAGAAUAUUUAAGAAAUCAACAAUCCCAAGCCGCUAGGGUAACUUUUAUGAACCAACAGCAACCACCACUGCCACCAGCACAGAUUCCUAUUCAAGAAACCAGAAUAGGGGACCAGGCUUUGUUCCCCCUUUUAACGGCCCUGAUGCAGGAAAUCUCAAACAUUCAGAAUCCACAACUUAUUCAUCAGACUGUGCAGCAAGUUAAGUCUGUAUCCAGAACCCAGCAACAACAGCAACGACAGCAGCCUCAGACUUCACAGCAACAAAAACAGACAGCUCCAGAAGAAUUAGAAAAAGAAAAUCAAAAUACAGACCAGGACGGUCCGAGCCAAAGGGGAAGAAAAAGUCAUAGAACAUGUGCACACCCUCAUGAUGGUGUUCCUGGACAGAGAAGCUGGCUCAGACAGACUCCACAGCUUGGUGUGAAGAAGUCUAAGUUAACAUAUGGUUUGACAAAUACACAGAGGCUAAGGCUCGCAAAGUUCAAUCCAGACUGGGCAAAAAAUAUAGAUAAGGAAGAAAAUUAUGCCAAGGUUCAAAAGCAGAAACUGAAGAAAAGUUUCCGAGAUGAUCAAGAAUUUGACACUGGUAAUUUAUCUGAUACGUUGACAGAAGUCAGACGUUUGGCAGAAAAGAACCUACAAGACACACUAGCUGAAGAUACAUUGUUGUACGGAACAAUGAACUCAACUUCAAAGUCCAACAGAAGGAGGAUUUCUCCACCAAGACGAAAACAAAAACAGUCAAAAAAUCAAAGCAAGUCACCUAGGAGUAUGAAACAAACCCAUGGAAAAUCGAAGUCUGCAGAAAAUUUGAAAGAGUCUUCUAAAAGUGUGGGACAGAAAAGUGCAGAAGAUAAUCUCUCUGACCCAGAUACUCCUAGUCUGCCCAGUCAGAAGAGCAUCCAAGUUCGUAUUCCAAGUGCCCAGAUGUAUGAGGAAAGUGAUGAUGAAGAUUUUAGUGACUUUGAAGAAAAGGCACCAACUAGAAAUGGAAGAUUUCCAGGCUUCCAUGAUGAUAAUGAAAGUUUGCCAGAUUCUAUUGGUGCAGAGGCCAUGGAUAACAGAUUUGACAAUGAUUCAUUUGAAUUAAAAGAUGAUGACUUUGAUCAACCUUUAGAAUCGACCAGGAAUUCUAAACCAUCUCCACCAAAAGCUAAGAAAAAAUGGCUAAGUCGUAAAUCUCCAGACAGCAAUCUGUAUAAUGAUGAUUCGUUUGAAUCUGAUAUUUCUCCUCGGCGCGAGAAAGCAGAAAUGCCUGAUAAGUCGCGAACAUUUCAGUCGACAGAGGAUUAUAGCACUCACCAGUUUCAGUCAACAGAGGAACCAGAACUCCAACGUUUGAUGAGUUCUGGAGAAAGGUCUGAAUUAUCGGAUGUGAUGAGUUCUGAAAAAUCUGCCAAAUCUCCAUUACCUGUAACAGCCAGUAUGAAUUCCGCACGAUUUCAGGUAAUAAAUCCAAAGGCUUCUCUCCAAUCGCCGAUCCCAGCACUGCGGCGUUCACAAGUAAAACUGGAUGGUUCCAUGGGUAGGCCUUCACCUACCGGCACUCCAAGAUCACAGACAAGCUCUCGAUUUCCGACCCCAAAACCAAGAAAGGUCAAUCCAAGGGAGAAACGCACUGAGCUGAAACGUGAAUCUUUACAUACCGAGUCCAUCAGCUCUUAUGUGCCAUCUGACGGAGACUUUAAUCCAUCUCUGGAAAGUGAUAAUUAUUCCGAUGACUUCUCCUCUCUCAGUGGUCGUGAAGAACUUAAGAAAAUGAAAGAACUUCCGAGGAUCAUUCCAUCCACAAAACUUGGAUAUACAAUCCAUUAGAUCUGACAGAACAUGUACCUAAUGUGAUAAACUCAAAUUGUGCUAUAGGGUUUUAGAAUUUUUGUUGAUCUGAUCUAUUUUAUUAGACUAUCUGGUAAUAUUUAGUUCACAGUUUGUUUAUUUGGAGACUAUAACCUGACUCGUUUUAUAAGAUAAUAACAUAUCAGAGUACAUCUCAUUUAUAUGUACUCUUAUAUGUUAUUAUUCUAUAAAACGAGUCAGGCACCUGCAGUUAAGUAAAAAUUUAUAUGUAAUUUAACUCCUUUCUGAAAGAGUUCACAAUUCCCAAAGUACAGUGUAACCUUUCUGUCUUACAGUAGAUUUAUGCUUCAGUCCAGACUUAGUAUCAGAGACUUUUGAACAUGUUUGGUAGUAUAUAUAGUUGUAUAUAUAUAUAUGUGAUCGUGUUACAAAAAGUAUAUUAAAGCUGAAUAUGUGGGGGCAUGACAGGAGUUCUGAUAAUUGAAAGUUUGUCUAUGUGACAUUACACAGGAAUCUACUGUAAUUUGAAUGGUGACUUUGUUAAUUAGAUGACGAAUGUAUCAGACUGUUUAUUAUUCGACCAUUAAUUAUAAUUCAGGUUUUGAUCACAUGGAUCUAAGUUAUAAGAUAAUGUUGAUUUUCACAUCCAAAUUAUCUGUUACAUAUGUUUAAUUCUGGUGUAGAACUCUUUUUCAAAUGAGGUAAAUGUCACAGGAAUGGAUAUGUAGGAUAUAUCCUUAAUAGAACUAUUAAAAUCAUUUCUGUGUAUAAGUACGUGGUGCCAUUAACAUGGUUAGUGUAUUGCAAUAGGAGACGUUUUACAGCUCUUUUGGUUAAGAUCUUUUAAAUUCAAGGAUAAUAAACCCCAAUUGGGCUCCGUAAAUGGACAAUAUUUUCCUAUGUGUAGAAUAGAUCUAUACUUGCACAGUCUUAACUAAGAAUAGUUAUAAAUAGCAUAGAUAUUAAUGUAGGAAGUGAUGUCCCGCAAUACUUGUACCUGUACCUGGAGAACAUCUGUUAGUGAAUCACUUUUAACUAUAUAACUGUAUACAUGUUGUGAAUUAUUUAUUAUUAUACUACAAUGUAGUUCCUAUGUUUAUCUUAAGUAAGGUGAUACCUGUUGAAUAGAUUUGUUAAGUUCAAUAGUAGAUAUAGUUUCUUAUUAUGGUUAAAAAGUCAACAUAGCUAGGCAUGUUUUUGAUUUAUCAAAAAUAGAAAAAUUGUUGGAAACUUUACCGUAUUCUGUACCCAAUAACUUUGUGAAAAGAUAUAUUUCAGAGAAGUGAUACAGACACACUAAAAUAAUAAAAUUAAAAAAUAAAGAUAUUAGUAUACUUGCAUUGAAAACAGAAAAACAAACAAAGUAUUUUUGGUUUCUGAUUUAAAAUGGAAACACAUUCCUAAAGAGGGUUUUUAUCAAGUGACCCCUUCUGUGAUGUGAAGGACACUGUGCCCUAACUGGUUGAAAAUCACAUCAUACACAAAGAUAAUUAUUAUCAAGUGUUUAUUAUUGGUUUAAAAUAACAACGAUUUGGAGCAAAUGAUGUACAAAUAUGUAUAGUUACUAAAGGCAAUAUAAUUAUGUUUUGAUAUUUCAAUCUUAAUUAUCUAUGCUUUACUGAGUUAUCAAGUCUAUAACAGAAAUAAGUUUAAAGAUAUUAAAGGUUAUUAUAGUCGGGACACAGAAGUAAGUUAAAGAUAUUACAGGCUAUAGUCAGACAGAAGUUAAUUAGGAUACAGUAUUAUGUAGUUACACUAAAUUGUUUAUUCCAAGGGAGCUAACCUAAGAACAGAGAAAACCACACAAUUUGUUUUUGAGGAAAUAAACAUUUGAUAUUACAUUUUGUAUAUAUUGUUGUACAAUUUUAUGUGAUAUUUAUAUAAAGAGAAUUUCUGUAAUCAA